CAUUAUUUCUUUUACCUCACAUAGCACGUGUUUUAAGGUUUGUUAUUAAAAUUCGAAAUGGGAUUUGGACGGCCUCGUGGUGGUGGCUCUGGCAGAGGAUUUCGUGGCGGCGGAGGCGGAGGAUUUAACAGAGGUGGCCCUCGUGGUGGACGAGGAACAUUUGAUAAUGGCCCACCAGAUCGUGUUAUUCCAUUGGGUAACUUUGUUUACUCCUGCCAAAACGAUCUGGUCUGCAAAGUUGGAAUUCAAGAUGUUCCGUAUUUUAAUGCUCCCAUAUUUCUUGAAAAUAAAGAACAAAUAGGAAAGAUUGACGAAAUAUUUGGAACAGUUCGUGAUUACUUCGUAUCCGUGAAAUUGUCGGAUAAUGUUUAUGCCAAUAGCUUUAAUCCGAAUCAAUCUUUAUAUAUCGAUCCUGGCAAACUAUUGCCAAUCGCUAGAUUUCUACCUAAGCCCCCACAACCGAAGGGAGCUCUAAAAAAGUGCAGUCGCGGUGGAACUGGAGGUAAUUCUGGCUUUCGAGGAGGGUUAUCUCGCGGUGGAUCAGCUGGUCGCGGCGUUGCGCGAGGUGGCGGAAAAAAUAAUUUUGGAAGCGGCGGUGGAUUUAGAGGGCGUGGCGGUGGCGGAGGUGGAUUCAAUAGAGGAAGAGGAGGUGGCUCCUCUGGUGGACGCGGGCGUUGGUAGGUUUUUUGUGGUUACAAUAUUCAAAUCACAAAGAAACCUUGCAACAUUACAUGUGCUUGAAUUUUUUCUAUAAUAUUAACAGCUGAAAAACAAAUUUCCCCAAAUAAAGAUUCAUUACUUUCAUAAA